CACAUGACAGAUAUUCCAGGUUGUGGAGCUGGAGGCUGGACACUAGUGUUGAAAGUGGACGGAAAUAAGCAAACAUUCACCUAUGAAUCACCUUACUGGACGAACAAUCAAAGUUAUGCAAUUGAAGAUGGACUUGAAGGACUAACAGAAAAAGAAAGUAAACUGGCCUCUUAUUGGAACACUCCUUUUAAGAAAAUAUGUCUUGGUAUGACCGUUAAUGGUCACAGAAGAUGGAUGACGUUGAAUUAUGAAGCCAGUUCGCUAUACAGUUUGAUCGCAGACGGGCAGUAUCGAAACACAAGCGCUGGACGGGCUGCGUGGAAAUCUUUGAUCGCAGGCUCAUCUUUACAACUAAAUUGCAACAAAGAAGGAUUCAGCAUUGAGAGUAUACAUAUUGAAAAUUAUGUACGUAUUGGAUAUCACGCGAAUGAUGAAAAUAAUUGUGGAACGCCUGAUUCAUGCAUAGGAUUUGGUACUUAUUACAAAGCCUGCGGCGUGACGUCUAACAUAACAUGCGGUAAUAUCGCAUUAUGUUAUAACAACGAUAAUGGCAAGAAACUCACUCCGGCAUUCGGAUAUAUUUUAGUUCACUAAUACAUUUUAGAUACAAAUAACGGCUUGAUAAAUAUUGUGUUUAUUCUAGGCAUUAAUAAUGUUACUAUACACUGAGUUUGAUAAAUUAAAAAAAGUCAGAAAUAUUAGGUAAUUAUACGUAGGUUGUGUGUAUUGCAGGUAAACUUAUUAAAUAUGUAGGUUCUGAGUUCUGUAAAUCAAGUUCAGCUAGAAUGAGAACUUAAAAAAUAGUAUGAAAGUUAGUAAGUAAGCUUAACGCACAGAAAUUAGUUAGCUAAAU